AUGUUUCUUCCUUCUGAUUUUGUUUUGUCGUGUAAGAUGAAUCCACGUUUGCCUUUCGAUGAUGCUGCCUGGGAAAAAAGCGACCAGAUCGAAGACUCCUGGCUAGAUCUUCUCUUUGAUGAAGACAUCUACAAUGAGAUUGGAAUUUUUCUCGCUGAACAAACUUGCCCUCGCCAAUGGGCUGAUUUCAAAUUUUUCAAAUCCGGCGGUUUCAAUGCUAGCUUCCUCAUGACAUUCACCGAUGCCGAUACUGGCGAUCUCUUAAGACUCCCACUGCCUGGCGUUCAUAUGUUUCCCGAGGAAAAAGUUCGUAAUGAGGUCUCUAUCAUGCAAUUCAUCGCGGAAAGAACCUCACAAACAAUGCCGAUUCCAGUUCCUAUGGUCUCCCGCUGGGGAAAGAGAAACGAAAGCCCCUCAAAUUUGGGUCCCUUUAUAAUCAUGGACUAUAUUGACCACGAGAGAAGCAUGUCUGAUCUUCUCGAGACGCCAGGACGCCAAUCAAAACAACGUCCAGAACUCAAUCCGGAUAUUAGCACAACAAAGCUAAAAGUUCUCUAUAGAGAAUUAGCUGAUAUUGUCUUUUCUCUAUUUACACUAUCUAUGAAUCUGAUUGGGUCUCUGAAACAGACCGGCAAAUCGACAUGGGAAGUGGCAUAUCGACCAUUAUCCAUUUCUAUGAACGAAAUUGUGCGUCUAGGGACGCUACCUCGAUCAAAACUCCCCACCGCAACAUACGAUAAAGCGUCGUUAUACUUUGAGGCUCUAACAGAGCUACAUAUCUCACAUUUCAAACACCAAAGAAACAAUGCUAUAGACUCGGCUGACGACUGCCGGCGUAAUUUUGUUGCUAGAUUCUUAUUUCGAAAACUUGUUCGAGAUCGGAAGCUUAGGGACAAAUGGAUAUCUCAUGAGCAUGGCCCAUUCCCAGUUUGGUGCGACGACUUUCGACCACAGAAUGUCAUGGUCGAUAAAACUGACAAAGUCGUUGGAGUGGUGGAUUGGGAGUUUACAUAUACCGCCCCAGUUGAAUUUACUCAUGCUCCACCCUGGUGGCUUCUUCUCGAAAAGCCAGAAUAUUGGAAUAAAGGCCUUGAUGACUGGUGUGCACAGUAUGAGAAACGGCUUCAGAUCUUCCUUCAGGCAAUGAUGGAAUGCGAAGAGGACGCGUACCAGACUCGGAACGAACGACUCGAAGAAAGCCAGCGACUCUCUAGUCGGAUGCGACAUAGCUGGGAGAGCGGAGACUUUUGGAUCAUGUAUGCUGCAAGGAACAAUUUUGCCUUUGACGCCAUUUAUUGGAACAAGAUCGAUCAGCGAUUCUUCGGUUACAAUGAAUCUGACAACAUAUGCGAUGUAUGGAAGAAAAGACUUCAUCUUUUGGAACGCGAAGAAAAGGAAAGCAUUGAGAAAUAUGUGGAUUUGAAGGUUCGGGAGAAUGAGACAAGGCUUCUCUCUUGGGACCCAGAUCAGUAUACCCUGGAAUAUAUGGCCAAGAUGGAACUUUAG